AUGCAGUUACUCUUUGACCAAGGUGUGACUGCCUUAAAUCAUACUGUUGUGAGCCACACUAUCUUCAACUUGCUGGGCAUCCCUGGCCUAGAGGUCCAGCAUUUGUGGAUUUCCAUCCCCUUCUUCAUUUCCUCUGUCAUUGCCCCGCUUGGGAACAGCCUGCUCAUCUUUAUCAUUGUCACAAAGCACAGCCUCCAUGAACCCAUGUACCUCUUCCUUUGCAUGAUGGCUGGAGCAGACCUUGUCCUCUCCACAUGCACAGUACUGCAGGCCUUGGCCAUCUUCUGGUUCCAUGCUGGGGACAUCUCCCUGGAUUGCUGCAUCACUCAAUUCUUCAUCAUCCACUGCACUUUCACGUCUGAGUCAGGGAUCUUGCUGGUGAUGGCAUUUGACCGCUACAUUGCCAUAUGCUACCCACUGAGAUACACCACUAUUCUUACAUACACACUGAUUGGGAAAAUCAGUGUGACUGUCUUUUUGAGAAGCUUUUGUACACUCUUUCCCAUAAUAUUUCUUUUGAAAAGAUUGACUUCCUGCCAGAACAACAUUAUUCCACACAUCUAUUGUGAACACAUUGGCUUGGCCAAAUAUGCUUGUAAUGACAUUCAAGUGAACAUCUGGUAUGGGUUUUCUAUCCUGAUGUUAACAGUGGUGUUGGAUGUUGUGCUAAUUUCUGUUUCCUAUGUUCUGAUUCUCUGUGCUGCCUUCUGCAUCCCUUCCCAAGAUACUCGUCACAAAGCUCUCAACACAUGCGGCUCCCAUAUCUGCGUCAUCAUCCUUUUUUAUGGGCCUGGAAUCUUCACAAUCCUUACUCAGAGGUUUGGCUGCCACAUUCCACCUUAUAUCCACGUCUUGUUGGCUAAUGUGUGCAUGCUGGCUCCACCUAUGCUGAAUCCCAUCAUUUAUGGGAUCAAGACCAAGCAAAUCUGGGAGCAAGUGUCUCAUUUGUUUUUCAUAAAGCAGAAAUAA